AGGGUAAAAUAGUUGUGAAUUGAGUCAAAUUGUCAAUUAAUAUCUCCUCUAGUGUAUUUUUACGAAACUAAGUAAUCCCAAUUCAUUAUUAUUUACUCCAGGGAAUCAAUAACAAAAAAAAUUUUUGUUUAAGCCCUAAAAAUUCAUGUGUAAUUCUGUGAAAACGUACUAAAAACCGUUAUGCGUGAUAAAUGAUAAUUCACCAGGCAAUUAUUACUACAUCCACCAAAUGUCACAUGGGUGCUUGUAAUCUUCAAAUAAGUUGUAUUAUAAAAAUGUUUUAAAUAAUCAAAAACAAAAUAUUCAAUAAAUUAUUGGAAAAUUUGCAAAAAGAAAAUAGCUACAAAAAAUGGAUAUGCCGUUUAAAAGAUUCGAAGUAAUUAGUUUAAUUGUGAGGUUAUCAUUAGUAUCAGCAGCUACUUUCGUUACCAUCAAAUGGUUAAUGACUUAUUUAGAUCCAACCAGUAAAAGUAAGAAAGAAGCUAAAAAGAAGGCAAUUGCUCAGCUAAAAAGAUUAAAUUUAACAGGUCAUGGAAGCAGUAGUUUACAAAUAGAUAAUUUAAACGAUUAUGAGCUAAUGAUUGCUGCACAUUUAAUACAUCCCCAAGAGAUAAACGUAUCCUGGACAGAUAUAGCAGGAUUAGACAGCUUAAUUCAUGAACUACGGGAAACUGUCAUCUUACCAAUUCAAUGUAAAGAUUUGUUUGCGGACUCACAAUUAACACAACCACCAAAAGGUGUAUUAUUGCAUGGCCCUCCUGGUUGUGGUAAAACAUUAAUCGCUAAAGCAACAGCCAAAGAAGCUGGUACACGAUUUUUAAAUUUAAAUGUAUCAAUAUUAACUGAUAAAUGGUAUGGAGAAAGUCAACGUCUUGCAACAGCCGUUUUUACGUUGGCUGUAAAAUUACAGCCAUGUAUUAUAUUUAUCGAUGAAAUUGAUUCAUUUUUACGUGUUCGAGCAAUGACCGAUCAUGAAGCAACCGCUAUGAUGAAAGCACAAUUUAUGUCAUUAUGGGAUGGUUUGAUUACCGAUCCAAAUUGUACAGUAAUUGUUAUGGGUGCAACAAAUCGGCCAAAUGAUUUGGAUCAAGCAAUUUUACGUCGUAUGCCUGCAACGUUUCAUAUAGCACUUCCAAUACUAGGACAACGUAAGAAAAUCUUACAAUUAAUUCUAGCAAAUGAACCAACUGAAUUAACUGAAUCAGAUUACGAUUUCCUUGCGAAGGCCACAGAAGGAUUUUCUGGAUCGGAUUUACGUGAAUUGUGUCGAAAUGCAACAAUAUAUCGUGUACGUGAUUUUAUGAAAACGGUACCAACUGGAGCCAGUGGUGAAAGUCUUAUUAAACCAAAAACAAGUGAUUCAGAUGAAGAGUUCCAUGAUGCCUUACGACCAAUUACAAUUAAAGAUUUACAAACAUCAUUAAAUAAAAUGAAAGAAUCGAAAGUGUAUUUAUUGUCGGUAAAUAGUUAGAUUACGUCAAAUUAUUUUCUUAGGGUUCCUCGGGCCAUCUUACCACCCUUUCAUAUAAAUCUUUUUUUUUCGCGUACAAUUUUCAUUGUUUUUUUUUUCUUUCGUCG